AUGUUGCGCGGAAGCUCUGGUUUCUCUUCAUAUGCAAUAAUGGAACAUUUAGAAGGAUGGCCCGAUUUAAAUAUUGAUGAAAUGAGGACUACUUUCAAACUUGACGAUGCCAUGUUCCAUUACAUGGCUACAUCAGACGACAUACAAAGGAUUAUGCCAACAGCUUGUGAUCAUGCAGGAGGCCAAGUUCUCAAAUAUAGAGAAGCUGAUUUGCUGACAAAUCUAAGCAAUCCAUCCCUCAAAGGCGAGGUGGAUGACAAGUAUCAGUACUCGUGUGACAACAAGGAUAGCUUAGCAUACGGGUGGAUUAGCACUGACCAUGACAUUGGAUUUUGGGUGAUUACACCGAGCAAUGAGUUCCGUGCUGGUGGCCCGGUGAAAAUUGAUCUUACAUCUCAUGUUGGUUCGACUUCUUUAGCUGUAAGUACUUCUGUUCUGGCAUUUUUUAGUGGUCAUUAUGCUGGUCCAAAUUUUGGAAUUAGAUUACGCAAUGGAGAGCCGUGGAAAAAGGUCUUCGGACCUGUUUUUAUAUACCUGAACUCAGGUUCAGGUAACAAGCCAAUGACACUUUGGGAAGAUGCUAAAGCACAGAUGCAAAAAGAAACCCAAAAGUGGCCAUAUGAUUUUCCAAGUUCAAAAGACUACCCUCAGGCCAAUCAACGGGGCACCAUAAGUGGUCGAUUAUUAGUUCGUGACCGAUGUCUCAGUCGAGAAUUAAUGCCUGCAAAAUCAGCAUAUGUGGGAUUGGCUCCACCAGGGGAUGUGGGAUCAUGGCAAACAUUUCUUUCACUUGAACCUGCCCAGAAAGUAGAACACGAUAGAUAUCAAGCUCACGAUCAGCACUUUUCUUAUCUACAUGUAGUGCAACACAAAGCUGUCACACAAACAAAGAAAUAA